CGUUGUUUUACGCCGUGACGACUUUGUGAUGUGGUUUGAAACUUCGCAAUUUUCGUAGUGAGUUGGAAAUCAAAGUAGGAAUUCAGAGAAGAAAAAGUUGAUAAUUUUAACUUCAAGAGCAAUUGUGCAAUGCAGAUUUAUGCGAUAUCACGUUAUCAUCCGUCACGUAAUACGUUCAGUGUGGUAACUGAUACGGCAGGCAUUCGUUAAAUUUUUACGAAGUAGUUACUCAUUAAUUUACAGUCGCAUAACGUUUCCUACUUCAUAACCGAAGUAAGUUUACAAACAUCACAAAGUCUUCUGCAUCGAGAAUGCGCAGAAAUCAAAGCACAAAGGCCCCAGCUGCAGUCUCCCAGCGUAUUACUCGUCUGAAAUCUCGUGAAAUAUCUGCCAAGCCUGCAGCUGAAAGGAAGCUUAAACCCGAAAGAAAAGCCGUUAUUAUCAAUAAAAAUUUAAAGAAGGUCAAUGUUAGUGCAAAAAAUAAAACUUUGCACCUAUCAAAGGAAAGUAUAUCUCUAAGAAACAGUCGAACACCAGUGAGACGUUUACGUCCUCGUCAAAUUAGAAAAAAUUAUUGUGAAGACUCAAGAUUACUGCAGCAAUUCAUUUCACCAAAACAACAGGACAGUAUAGUGAUAAUAGAAAAGCUGAAAGAAAAUGUAGAAAGUAAAAAAGUACCUGUAUACAAAGCUGUAGAACCUUUUGAGAAAUCCUCAGAAGACAAGAAAGAUGUGUAUGAUUUUAAGUUUGACUCAAACGAUACUAAAGAAAAAGCCUCUAAAAAGAAACUGAGGAAAAGAAAUGUUAACAAAGAGAAAGGCAAAACGACCAAGAGAACAACACGUAAGAAAGUUAUUGCAAAAACACGUAGUCAUAAAAUAAUUGAAUCUCCUAAGAUCGAUGCAGAUCCUUCUGUGAAGAUUAUACAGAAUGAUUCUCCUUUAGAAUUUGUGGUGGCUACAACAUCAACAAAAGGAAAAAAUGUGAAGAAAAUUGAAAUAAAUAAAGAUAUUCGGACACUGAAAGAAUUAAUAAACAAGAAUAUUGAGAAAGAGAUUGAACCACCAAGAAUAGAUGCAGAUAAUCAGACGAUAGAAGUUCUAGAUAAUACUAGAGACCACAUAGAAGCACCAAGAGUAGACAUAAAUAUUCAUGAAGCAACAACUUUCUCUGGCACAUUUACAGAGCAAGUUAGAAAGGAAAAUACAAGCAAGCCAAGAAUUAUAUCUAUUGAAGAUGCAAAUAAUAUUAUAGUCACUACAUCCUCACCUAAAAAAACUGAUGUGCAGCCCUUUCGGCCCAAGAAUAUAUUUGAUAAUAAAACCUUAUCAAAGGGACACAACAGCACAUUAAGAUCUACCAUAUUGAUGAAAACUUUAUCCCCUAUCGUAAAGACGACAAGUACUUUUGACUUUGGAAGUCCCUGGCGACCUCCAAUAUUAACGUUCUCUAAAACUAAACACUUUAUUCAAAGUACACCAUAUAAGGACUUUGAAACAAAGAAAGGAAAUAAAGAAAUAAAGAAAAAGAGUAUGGAAACAAGUAAGGAGAUCAUAAAAUCGAAUAAGGAGAACAUGGAAUCAAGUAAAGAGAAUAUGAAAUCAAAUAAGGAAAAUAUGGUACCAAAUAAGGAGAACAUGGAAUCAAAUAAGGAGAACAUGGAAUCAAAUAAGGAGAACAUGGAAUCAAAUAAGGAGAACAUGGAAUCAAAUAAGGAGAACAUGGAAAUAGAUAAAGAAAAUAUAGAUACGAAUAAAAAAAAUAUAGACCGAAGAGACAAAAAAAGAAAAAAGAAAUCUGUCAGUCCUCGCAAAAAGCACGUAAUUCAGAAGAAACUUCCAAUUUCAGAGAAUCAGACUCCACGACUUCAGAAGAAACUUCGAGCGGCAGUUGUACAAAAAUCUGUUGUACAACCAGCACCUGCUAGAAUAUCCCUGGGAGAAAUAAAGAAUGUAUUAUUAAGACCUAAUAAUAAUGUUGUUAAUGGGGAUAACAAACAAACAGUAGAGCCAAUGCAUACUGAAGUUAAUAAGUCGCUUAUAGAGCAAAAGAAACAACUCGUAGAUGUUCUUGAUUUUUCGGACACAUUUGAUAUGUUGUCUGAAAGUGAAAAAAUAUCAAAUGCUGAAAAUGACAUUCCCUUGUUUAUGGAUUUAGAACCUUCACAUUUUUCAAAGCCACCUCAACAUUCAUACAGGAGGAAACGUGCCGUGAAGUUCGAUUGUUCAGAAGAUAACAAUGAAGAAGAAAAUGAAAAUGUCGAAUUACAACCAAAGAAGAAGAAACCUACAAAAUUAGAAAAAGAGCAUCAGAAAAAAAUUAACGAAUGGAUAAAAACAGUUAACAGUACAUUCCAGGAAAUCGAAGAAUAUGACUUGCUAAUCGAAUAAUAUUGAAAAUAGAUUGUUACUUAUACUUCAAAAUUCUGAAAGAUCUGAAAAAGUUCAAAACUGCACAAAUUAACGAGUUCAAAUUUUUCUUAUUUUUUAAUUUAUGUUUAAAACUUUAUGGUAACGAUAUUCA